UUCUCCAGCUUCUCCCCAGUCUGGGACAAAGACGCUCUCUCUGUCUCUGUCUCUCGAGCCUGCCAAGUCCAGUGCCAAGUGGAGCAUGAUUGGAAUUCAAGCCCUGAGGAUCUUCUUCCUUCUCUGCCUGGCACCGGCUCUUUCACCUGCUGUGAAGAUCAAUGCCAAAGGCCGAGAGAUCAUCUACCUGGCUAAGGGGGAGUCGGUGAAGUUGGGGUGUCCGUUUGAGCUGGAACCCCAAGAUGAUGGCCCCAAUGACUUGGAUAUUGAGUGGACACAGAUGAAUGCUGAUCCCACCAAUUUGGACAAUGUGCAGUGUUGUUCUCUGCUUCCUGCCCAUCAGAUCUUGAGCUAUCAAGCCCAACAAGUGAUCCAUCCCGGAUACCCAUAUUUGCACCCCAGGGGAGGGUCCGGAAAUCAAGAUGCCGGCCGUUUUAGUAACCCGGGAUUUCAGCAAAGCGAAGGCGGUCAGCGGUUUGGGUCAGGCAAUGAUUGCUGCAAUGGCUUACAACAGCGAGUCAAUUUCGCGGCUCCGGAUCCAAGCAAGUACGACGCGUCCAUCAAUCUCCAAAAUGUUCAGAUUUCCGACUCAGCCACCUACGAGUGCAAAGUGAAGAAGACUUCGGUGGCCACUCGUAAAGUGACCGUCAAGGUGCUCGAGAAACCCUCGAUUCCACACUGCUCCAUCUCAGGCAAGGUUUUCCUCGGCAACGAAAUUACCCUCCGUUGUGACUCCCAAACAGGCACCCCUCCCCUCAUGUAUCGCUGGGCCAAAAUGGCAGAUUACCCCAUAGAGAGUGGACUGCCCGCGAAUACCAUGGCAGGUUCCAGUCCUGGGGAUCUUGUCAUUCACAAAGUAUCACCUAACCACCUUGGCGUUUACCAGUGUGUCGUCUCCAACAAAGUUGGGUCAGCUCGGUGCACAUUGGAGGUCUCGCAUGAUUCCCCCCUUCUGACCAUCAUCGUGGGAGCCGUGCUGGGCUCGCUCCUUUUCCUGGUGCUCCUCAUCUGCCUCAUCGUCUGUCUUGUCCGCUGUUGCAAGAAGAAGAAGAGGAAGGAGGGUAGCAAGAAGGAAUCCAACCAGAUCAGAGUAGACACCGCUGCCCCCAGGCCCAGACCGGAUAGUCGUAACAGCAGCUUACGAUCCGUCUUGGGGUACAUCCCCCAUAACAUCAACUUCAUGCAACGUCGGAAAUACGAAUCCCCCCGGGACCAAGAAGGGGUCGAGAUGGUCUCCGCGAAUCAAGACCCAGAGCUGAGUUUGAAUUCCUGUACCUCGCCCCCCACCAGCGGACAUCCUUCCGUGGUCACCACCAAGGCCCGCGUUCACUACGACCUCAGCGGGCCUUCCUACAGUCAUGGAAAAUCUUCUGCCUCGGCUUCUUCUAACCCUCCGUGCCACGAGAGUCCGAAUUCAGAUUCUCCCACUUGCGAGCGGGAUGCAGCCCACGGAAAACGGAGCCACCCGGGACAAUUUGGGGGGGUUCCCGUAAUGAUGCAAGCGAAAACCCGCGAAGGACUCGUUAUUUAAGCCUCCUGCUGUUGAUUUUUUCCCCCCUGAACAUUUGCAAACAGUGGGGUCACAGUUCCAAAAUGCCAGGGAAUAGGAUCUAAUCUUGCAGCCGAUUAUUAUUAUUAUUAUUUUGAAAAAAAUGCAAUAAUUCGCUGUUUUCCAACCCGCUGCCUGGAGUCUACAAUUCCACACAGACAAAGCCUACAUACACGGUGAAAUAUAUAUAUAUAUAUCAGCAAAAGCUGAAUGGAGCCGUAUCCAAACAUCAAAUUCGCAAAAGACGGGACACAAUUCUUGCAAUUUAUUAUACGUUUUAUUUUUUUUUCCCCAGGCAUGGUAGGAACAUUUAUGUUUUUUUGGUUUUUUCCCCCUUUAUUCCCUUUUAUUUCAACUGGCCCUGCCACCUUUUAAAGGAGAAUGCAAAUCAGCGGUGAAAUGCUCCCGGUUCGGCCCGGUUCAGCCCGGUUCGGCUGAGCCGGUAACGAUGACAGCUGGUGGUUCAGAGAACUGGUAGCGAUGGUGGCUCGAGGCUCCGCCCACCCGCCCGGUCGUUGUAACUUCCUGGUUUUAACCAGGAGUAGAAGGGUUUGCGCCAGAGGUGGGUUUCAGCAGGUUCUGACCAGUAGCGGAAAUUUUGAGUAGUUCGGAGAACCGGUAGUAAAAAUUCUGACUGGCCCCGCCCCCAUCUAUUCUCUGCCUCCCAAGUCCCAGUUGAUUGGGAGGAAAUGGGGAUUUUGCAGUAUCCUUCCCCCGGAUUGGGGUGGGAAUGGAGAUUUUACAGUAUCCUUCCCCUGCCACGCCCACCAAGCCAUGCCACGCCCACCAAGCCACACCCACAGAACCCAACCCUGAAUGCAAACCAAAUCCACCCGUCAGCCAGAGGUUCAGAGACCAGAUUUUGAUAUAUUUUUUUUGUCUGCCUAUCAAGUUCUUCCCACGGAUUUAUAAUUAUGAGAUGACGACGAGGAUGAUGAUUUGGUUCUCCUGAAUUUUGAGAAUUUUGAGUUCUUGAAUUUGAGAAAAGUUAGGUGGUUGAUUUUUUUGGGGGGGGGUUGGUUUUUGUUUUCAAAAUGUGGACACUUUUAACUCCGCCUUCGGUCUCGCUGCGAGAUUAUUUAUUUAAUUAUACAUGGCACGCUCCAGCCUGUGAUUGACGGGCUGACGGUAGGAUGAGUUUUCAUCUUCUUGAACGCAAAAUAAGUCAUUCGUUAACGCUUUGC